UGAUCGUCCUCUCUUUAAACUGACAAAUGUUUUCAUUCUUCUGUUUAAUUGUUGAGUGUGUGUCAGCAAUUACUGUAAAAUCCAAGAAUAGAUUGCUCUCAGUUUCAAUUAGUAAAACUUUCUUGAAAAUAGGACUCUUCAACUAAAAUCUCUCUUUUCUUUACCCCAUUUCUCUCUUCAAUGCUUAAUGUUAUAGCAGAGUAAAAGUUUUCAGUUUUAUGUUGAAUAAGUGAAGUGGGCAUCUGGUAUAAAUGGUAAAGAAGAGGGGUAAGACGACUUUGAACAAAACAGAAAUUGCAGAAGAUUGGUGCUUUGAAUGUAAAGAUGGAGGAAAGCUCAUGAUUUGUGAUUAUGGGGACUGUUUGAAAGCUUAUCACCCUGCAUGUGUGGGGAAAGAUGACUCAGUCUUGACAAGUGAUAUCCAUUGGAUAUGUGGAUGGCAUACAUGCUUAGUUUGCCAGAAAAGUUCAAAUUAUCAAUGUUAUUGUUGUGAUAGAGCUGUAUGCUCUCGCUGCAUUGGUCGUAUCAAUUUUGUCCUUCUUAAAGGGAAGCAUGGAUUCUGCAAUAACUGCCUAAAGCUUGCAUUGCUUGUGGAAGAAGACAGAAAUAUUGAUUCUGAUGGGGAAAGUGUAGACCUCAGAGAUCGGGAAACAUACGAGGGCCUUUUCAAGGAGUAUUACGAGAUAGUAAAAGAAAAAGAAGGAUUUGACAAGAAUAGUCUCCUUGCUGGUAAGGCUAAACUAAAUAAGGAGAAGAUUUGCCAAAUUAGCUCUGAUUCAGAUAAACGUAGUGAAGAAGAGAACGAACACAGUGAAGAAGAGGAUGAGCAGAUUUCUUCAGACAAUGGAGAUUUCAGUGACGGAGAACCUCAGAAGAAAAGGCUUAAAAAGAAAAGAUGUACACAGCAGAAAACAAAGAUGCAAAGAAGUGUCAAUUCAAAGAAAAAAGUAUUUGUUGGAUGGGGAUCAAAAGCUCUUAUUGACUUUCUUCAGUUUAUUGGUCAAGAUACCAGAGAAAAAUUAUCCCAAUAUGAUGUCACAUCAAUAGUAACCAAAUAUAUAAAAGAACAUAACCUAAUCCAUCCAGUUAAAAAGAGAAGAAUCCUUUGUGAUGUUCAGUUACAAGCUGUUUUUGGGAAGAAAGUGGUAAACAGACACAGAAUAUUUAGCCUCCUUGAAAGCCAUUUUCUUGAAAAUGAGGAGCAAUUACAAAAGGAUGAGCUUGAUCAUGAUCUUGAAGACGAUGACACAGAAAUUUUGGUGGCUCCUAAAACUGAGAAAAAGGUUGAACAAAAGAAGAUAUCCUCAAUUUGGUAUUCAACUGCAGCACAAAGUCAAUAUGCAGCCUUGAUUCCUGAAAAUAUCAAACUCGUUUACCUGAAGAGGAGCUUGGUGCAGGAGAUGAUCAAGCAGCCCGAGUUCAUUGAAACCAAGAUUAUAGGAAGUUUUGUUCGGCUCAAGUUAGAUCCACGUGACUAUGAGCAGCGUAACUCUCAUCAGCUUGUGCAAAUUGCAGCGAGUGUUUCAGGGAUCAAGCUCAGAUCAAGUGAUAAGUGCAACAGCGAGACUUUAAUUCAAGUUUCAAAUAUGGCCAGAGAUGUUAGCUUGACCAUGCUUUCAGAUGAUGAGUUUUGUAAGGAAGAAUGCGAUGAUCUGAAGGAGAAGGUGAAAGCGGGUCUGCUUGAAAAGCUUACAAUUGUGGAGCUUGAACAGAAAGCUAAAAUCCUUCACGAGGACAUCACAAAGCAUAGGAUUGCUCGAGAGCUGGAAUUGUUGCAAAAACUCAUUGAUCGAGCAAAUGAGAAAGGAUGGAGACAUGAUCUUUUCCAGCAUCUGGAGAAAAGAAAGCUCCUACAGCAAGCUUCGUACCUGUCAUUUGUGCUGCAGAAUAUUCCUGCAGUGAUUCCAGAGGAAGUAGAGCUUGAAUCUCUAGAUAGGAAUGACAAUCAGAUGCACCAAUGCUCAGAUGAGACAACCCCUAUGAAACAGAAUAUUCUUGGAACGACUCCCGAGAAAGUAGAGCUUGAACCUCUGUCUAAGGGCGAGAAGGAUGACAAUCAGAUGCAUCAAUGUGCAGAUGAGACAACUCCUACUGUAGCUAUCAAAUGUGAACCGAAAGAUGGAGCACCUUGCUCAGGUAGUUAGUAGAUGUAAUGUAGCUUUGUGCAACUUCCGUCUUCUCCUCCCUUGGUCAAAUUGGCGUUGUCAAGCCUUUCCUGGAGAACUUAGUAGCCCAUCUCUAACGGGAGGAAAGAUGCUUCUAUCAGU